UAAAGCUACGCUGUCUGAGUUGGCUGCGUUCGAGAGUCGAAAAGUUUGGUAUUUGCCUCUAAACAUAGUGCAUAACUCAAGAAAAAAGAAGUAUCGCCUGGUAUGGGAUGCUAGAGCCGCAGUCAAUGGAGUGUCACUGAAUUCGAAGUUAUUAAAAGGUCCAGAUUUGUUAACUGCACUUCCAGCAGUUGUUUGCAGAUUCCGUGAGCGAGUGAUAGGUUUCGGAGCAGAUAUAAAAGAAAUGUAUCAUCAAAUGAGAAUACGCGAGUCCGACAAGCGCGUGUUGAGAUUUCUAUUCCGUAACAAUCCCAAUACUGUUCCAGAGGUCUAUGUAAUGGACGUGGCAACUUUCGGUUCAACCAGCUCACCCUGUUCAGCGCAAUAUGUAAAAAACUUGAACGCGAAAGAGUUUGCCAGGCAAUUUCCAGAAGCAGCUGAGAAAAUCAUCAAAAACCACUACGUCGACGAUUAUUUCGAUAGCGCAGACACCGUUGAACAAGCUGUAAGGUUGGCAAAAGAAGUUCGGCUUGUACACGCAAGAGGAGGUUUCGAACUUCGCAACUGGGUAUCGAAUUCCAAGGAGUUUCUGGAAGCCAUGGGAAAAGAACGAACCGACCAUGACGUUCGUUUCAGCGAGGACAAAGAAACGGGUCUAGAACGGGUGUUGGGAAUCGUCUGGAGUCCAACUAACGACGAAUUUUCGUUCUCAAUCCAAUUAAGGGACGAUCUCGUGCCAUAUAUUUCAAGCGAAAAGCUGCCAACGAAAAGAAUCGUCAUGAGCUGCGUGAUGAGUUUCUUCGAUCCGUUAGGGCUGUUGUCGAUUUUCACGUUCUACGGAAAACUGAUAAUCCAGGAGCUAUGGCGAAGUGGAUGUGAUUGGGACCAGCAAAUAGUUGGAGAGAGUGCUGAGAAGUGGAACCAAUGGAUAAGCAGACUGCCAGAGGUCGAAGAUGUGCGCAUACCUCGAUACUUUUUCCGACGCACUGAUACACUGGACUACAACAGCGUAGAACUCCAUGUGUUCGUCGAUGCAAGCGAGAUCGCGUACGGAGCAGCAGUUUACAUUAGAAUAGGGGCAGCUGAUGGACCGAAGUGUUCUCUGGUGAUGGCAAGAUCAAAGGUCGCUCCGCUAAAACACCUUUCGAUUCCUCGUUUGGAGUUGCAAGCGGCAGUAAUGGGAACCAGGCUGGCGAAUUCUGUUGCUGAAAUACUAUCCUUUAAGCUGAAACAGCGAUAUUUUUGGAGUGAUUCGAGGACGGUGCUAUCAUGGAUUCAUUCGGACCACCGAAGAUAUAAACAGUUCGUUGCGUUCCGCAUUGGAGAAAUCCUUGAUCUGUCAAAUCCAACAGAGUGGCGAUGGGUUCCAAGCAAAUUCAACAUAGCCGAUGCGAUGACCAAAUGGAACAAAAAUCAUACAAUGCGAUCUGAUGGUCCCUGGUUCCGUGGCCCAUGUUUUUUAUAUCAGUUGGAAGAAACCUGGCCUGAGCAGGAUAGGAUUAAACCGAACGUGCAAGAGGAGUUACGAGCAUGUUUUCUAUUUCACGAUGUUGAAACAAAAGAACAAAUUGUGGAUGUGACACGUUUUUCCCGAUGGAAGAUUCUAGUUCGAACAGUAGCGUGCAUCUAUCGGUUCAUGUCAAACUGUCGAAGGAAGCGAGAUGGCUUAGAGAUUGAAGCAAUUCCGGUACCUGUUGACUGGCAGCAGCGAGUAAAGCGUAGUAUACCUGCGAUAAUAGUACCUUUAACACGAAAGGAGUUCCAGAAGGCAGAAGCGUAUCUCUGGAAAUCAGCGCAAGCAGACGGGUUUCCGGACGAAAUAAAGGUGCUAAAGAAAAACCGUAAGCUGUCGUACGAAAAAAUGCACGAAAUAGAACAUGACAGCUAUCUUUACAGCAUGAGUCCCUUUUUGGAUGAACAGGAUGUAUUACGGAUGGAAGGUAGGGCUGCCCGAGGUUCAUCAUUACCAUUUGAACUGAGAUUCCCGAUAAUUCUGCCCAAAAGGCAUACGAUUACCGACAAACUUCUUGAAUAUUACCAUCAGCAGAUGGCCCAUGGUAAUACUGAAACUGCUGUAAAUGAAAUACGACAACGCUUCCGCAUCCAGCAUCUUCGAACAGAAAUGAAAAAGAUAGAGAAAGCUUGCGUACGCUGCAAAGUGAAGAAGUGCAAACCGAGACAUCCAAGAAUGGCACCACUUCCAGUAUCACGUGUAACACCAAACCAACCACCGUUCAGCUAUACCGGUGUAGAUUUCUGUGGCCCAUUUACAGUAACCGUAGGACGUCGUUCGGAGAAAAGAUACGUUUCGUUGUUCACCUGCUUGACAACGAGGGCCGUACACCUUGAGGUCGCUCAUAGCUUGACGACUCAAGCGUGCUUGAUGGCGAUACGUCGUUUCGUGUGUCGGAGAGGUAAACCGAUCGAGUUCUUUUCCGAUAACGGAACAAAUUUUCAAGCGGCAAAUAAAGAAAUCGCUAGGGAUAUCGGAAACAAAGCUGCAGAAAUGUUCAACGACUCCAGAACCCAAUGGAACUUCAAUCCGCCGAGUGCCCCACACAUGGGCGGGGUUUGGGAAAGACUGGUGCGGUCUCUUAAGGCAGCGUUAGCCGUCAUCGAUGACGGACGAACGAUAACCGACGAAGUAUUGCUAACUGUACUGGCGGAGGCCGAAGAUCUCAUUAAUUCGCGUCCUCUAACGUACAGGUCACUAGAUCCAGGAAUUGAAGAAGCCUUGACACCUAACCAUUUUGUCCGAGCCGUGGGAACUAUACGAACACAAUGCGCCGUUCCCCCAACAAAUGACGCUGUAGCUCUAAGAGACCGUUACAAACGAUCGCAAUUGUUAGCAGACAGACUGUGGACUCGGUGGGUUCGUGAAUAUAUGCCGUCAAUCAAUCAGCGAACCAAAUGGCACACGGAGUCACCUCCACUAGCAAAUGGUGACUUGGUUUACAUAGCAGAUGAUAUCGUACGGAAGAACUGGAUCCGUGGAAUCGUCGUUGAAGUCUACAAGGGAGCAGAUGGGAGAAUCAGACAAGCCCUGGUGAAAACAGCGAAAGGUAAACUGAAGCGGCCCGUUACGAAGCUCGCUGUUCUUGAAGUGCAGGAUCGUAAAUCUGGUUCAAUCGAAGAGACUUCACCAGAGUUACGGGGAGGGGCUGUAGACGCACCAUCCAAAAACAGCAAUCAGUGAGUACCGCCGGAGUAAGGACAACAUACAUUUGAAAGGAGAUACCGUUAUACCGACGGGUGACAGGUAAAGAUAUAUGUAAAGUUGUUAUGCGAAAGAGGGAGAAGAAAAAAAGUAUAGCAUAAGUCAGAAAACAGGAAAAGCAUAGUCUAAAUAGUGCAAGAAAGGUGAUAGAUAAAGCUACUUAGAAAUAUUUUUAUAGUCGGUUAAAAGGGCGUGUGAAUUGAAAGAAGGAAAUUUGAAAUUUAUAUAAGGAGAGAUUUCGUAAGCAUUCGAACUAGUAACCUGAAAUAGAAGAGAAAACUAUAAAUGUAAGUAAGAAAAAUGAAUUUAAAGGAAAGUGAAUUAAAAUUGAUUUGUAUGUUUUAAAAAUAAAUAGUUUUGAGCUGACUCAACCAAAAGAGCUGCUACGGAAAUUUUGUUUGUU